UGUUGUCUGCAAGCCUAGCAUACUGUCUACAUCGUAGAAGUCUGAGGGCUAUAUAAAAUGAUUUGAGAAUGUUAAGAUUGCGUUACUGUUAGUGUACUGAUUAGGAGCUUUUAAAAUUGGGAAAAAAUCUUUCGUUCCAUGUGAUGGAAUCUAUUAGGUUGCUCAUGUCGGUGCUUAUGUAUUGAGCAGAUCACAGAUUCACUGUUGCGCAUGCCGUGAUAUCCAAAUAAGGGUUGUAACCCUUUAGGAAGACCACGAGCUUACCAUUAUUAAUUAAUAAAAGUACACUUUAGUUUCUCUGGACUUACAAGUACGUUUUCGCAAUAUAUGGAGGAUAGUAACUAUACAGAAAAACAUCAACUCAGUAAUAAAGGUGAAUUCUGCAUCCAGUCACGACGUUGAACUGUGACUCCCUCGAUUGGAUAUUUUACUAGCAUCUAGACAAGGACUUCAAAAUGAUCUUAGUUGGGGCCAUUGCUGUACUCAUUCUAGUAACAUCAGUACUUUGGAUUGGAGCUUGGCUUUAUGGAACAAUAAGUGAAGAUUUCAAAGCACCAGAACCAUGGCGGUGGUUUGUGGCGUGCAUUGCUCCAAUGAUGAUUGCUGUCUAUGGGCUGAAAAAAAGAAAUCUUUGCACUUCGGGCGCUGUUGCUGGUGUUAUUAUUGGGUUCCUCCUCACACUAAGCAACUUAUGUUUUUUUGCUGCCUUGUUGAGCUUCUUCUUUAUUGGAUCUCGAGCAACAAAGUUUAAAAGUCACCUAAAGCGAAAGUUGGAAAUAGACUUUAAAGAAGGUGGUCAGAGGAACUGGAUACAAGUUGUGUGCAAUGGUGGAGUAGCUGCCUGGUUGGCUAUAAUCUACAUGAUUGAGGUUGGAUGUACCGAACUGCCAAUUAAUUUUAAAAGACAUUACACAUCAUCAUGGCUGGCUAUGGCAGUCUUAGGGUCCCUUUCUUGCUGUUGUGGAGAUACACUUGCUUCAGAGUUGGGUACAGUGAUUGGUGAAAGUUCUCCCCGGCUUAUCACCAACUUCAAAAUUGUUCCUAAAGGCACAAAUGGUGGCAUAUCAGCAGCUGGAACAAUUGCUAGUGGGAUAGGAGGUUUACUGGUGGGUGCUGCAUACUAUGCAGUUCUGCUGGCUACACUGCAAGAUCUUCCUCUCGUGGAAAACCCACCUCAGUGGCCACUGCUACUUGUAGCAACGCUGAGUGGCAUUCUAGGUUCCAUGAUCGACUCUCUGCUUGGUGCCACUGUUCAGUAUUCAGGCAUAAAUCAGAAGACUGGUGUGAUUGUUGAAAGGCCAGACAAGAAUGUCGAACACAUAAGUGGCCAUGCAUUACUAGACAAUCACAGUGUGAACCUUCUUGCCUCUAUUCUGACUGCCUUGUUAUCUCCAGCCAUUGCUUCAACCAUCUGGGUUCAUUUUUGUGUGAACUUUUAUGAUAUUAUGGCAGAUUUUUCUUUCAACACUGAUAUACAUUAUGUAACAAUGACAAUAACAAUAACAGUCAACUUUAUUAGUCCCAACGGGCAAUUAAAAUGGGAGGUGUGCUCUGUUUCCAAAACAUAUAUAUAUAUGAAAAAUUGUUGUAUCUGGAAUGAUUUUCUUAAAUUUGAAUUUGAAAAAUUAAUAGUAGAUGAAAAAGGAAUACAUAAUGUCUGCUUGCAUGUUAAAUACAAGGGUGAAUGAAAGAAAAGAGUGAAACCUUAGUAUCACUAAGUUUAUGAAACCUUUUGGGAUCAAAUUGUCAGAAUACAUAAAAACUUGGAAGAUUUCUUGUACCUAA